AGAAGACGAAGAAGCAAGAAGUCAACGUGCGUCGAUCUCAUGGAAGCACUUCAUGAGACCAACAUGGGACAAUGACUUUACUAUUAUCAGGUGAUGUCACAAACGUGACAUUAGCAAACAGGAAGUGCCCAGCUGUAACAGGAAGUGCACGCAAGAUCAAAGACAAUGGUGCCGACUGGCACAACUUGAUGCUCCGCUGGGAGAAACUUAACGACGAAGGUUUCACUACUGUGGGAAAUAUCGUCAACGUGAGGCUGAGCGGUGUGCAGACCCCGGAACAUUCAUCAUUACAGCACAGCACGGCACAGCUGCACCAGGAAUGUUGCAAACUGCAAGACAUCAUCCACAAAAUGGCCAUAGUGGCGAAGAUGCAGCGUCUGAUGGCCUCACAGCAAGGCCUUAUGAAUCUGGAGGAGUUUCAGUUUGGACCUGAAGGCAGGAAGGUUCCCCUGUUUCAUACCUGGAGCACCAAACAGUUUGACAUGCCAUGCAGCGUCUUAUUGGACACCUUCAGCCGGGAGCUACAGCUGAAGCAGACCAUCCUGCACGAGGUGGCUCAUAGCCCGACCUCUGACCUGAGCAUGGUGUACCUGUCGUGUUGGCUGCACCAGCCGUUCAUGGCGGCACAGAGCAGAGUGGCGCUGGAGGCCAUGUUGCUGGAGACGGGCCACCGGCCUCUUUGACGUCGACGUUGUCAUCUUGGACAAACUGAGAAAAGCAAAGUGCUCAUGUUGCUCUGACGUUUUUAUUGGAAAUGAGGAAACGGCGUCAUAUGGAAGGGAGAUGGACUAUUUGUUCUAAUGAGUACAAUUGGAAAAUGGUCAUGUUAUAAAAAGUAAUAAAAUAGUGCAACUUUGUUUUUUGUAAUUAUCUACAUAUAAACAUCAUCUGUCACGUGUCCAAAUAUGAAAAAAAAAACAUUUACAUCCACACUCCUGUUUCUUAAAAAGCCGUGAUGUGGUGAAUGAAUGAACCAAUCCAGUACUUUCAUGAUUUAUGGAUCAGGUUCAAGUAAACAUCAAGACUUGGACUUGUGUCAUGUGACAGGCUAAGAAAUAAAUAAAGUAAAAUAAGGAGCAUUUAUCAAGAGAAGUCAAAGCUGCAGUAUCAAGUCUGUCACUAUUUUAACAGCUUAUGUUGCUUUGGAUCCAUCAGAGGCCUCAAUGCCCAGCAGGGCCUGGACUGCCUCCAAGGGGACCCCUUCUGGAGUUUGGAUAUGCAUUGUGGUCCCGUCUGGCCCGUUGACGAUGACAAUGCGCUCUUCUCCAGGUUCUGCUAGCUGGACUGUCAUUCCCUCAGUCUGGAUGUAGAUUUCCUGGCCCUCUUCAAGUUCUUUGGUCUGGCAGGACUCUGCAAGGUCCAAGGCUGUCUGGCACACAGGUGCCACAUCCUGGACUGAGCAGGAGUCAGGUGUCUGGGCGGAUACUGGAGGAGACUUUUCUCGACUCUUCACCUGUUGGAUCUGGUUUUGAGCUUCUGUCAGGGGGGCCUCCUCCCCCUGGUGGUUACCUGUGGUCACCUCCAUGGGUGUGACGGGGGGAGGAGCCUGUGUGGUCUCAGUGGAGCUGAAAGAUCACAAACAACCACUCAGAAACCUGCCAGGACCAAUCAGCCAAUCAGGAGCUCAACUCACCGGGAUGAGUCUGUGGCAGUGGAGACGCACAGUUUGGCUUCACUUGGAAUGGGUGGCGACGGUGAGACU